GGCAAAGCGUAUAAAAGCAAUCGCAACAAUUCCGUAGAAACAGAAGCUAUAGAUAUUUUAUAUAAUGCUCAAUCCAUAUUCAUAGUUCCAAACACACCAUUAUAGAACAGUGAUCUCGCCUUCGAAUCCCUUACUUGCCUCCUCCGCAUCACGAUGCCUUCUCGAGAAAGAUACACCAGAUCCAUAAUGAUCUUAUUACCCAUGAUCAUGUUACACUUGUUAACGCCGUUAGUCCUCGCAUCGCCGCUAGCGUUAGCAUCACCCACGAAGCCACUGCCGUCAGUUUCGGAUUUUACACACCAGCCGGAAAUAAGAAACUCCAGAAAUGGAUAUGGCAACGCCACGAUUGAGAAACGGCAAAUGUCAGAGGGAUCAUCGUGUGAAGGGUCCGAGGGUCAAUGGAACUGCCUUACAAACCAGUGGCAACGCUGCGCGGCUGGACAGUGGAGCGCCGUGAUGGACUGUGCUGCAGGGACGAUAUGCACGCCUGCGGGCUUAACAAAUAAUUUCUUCGUACAGUUUGCAAACGGUGCUGCCGGACCGUCAACGAGCGAUAGCACGCGGAGAUCCGAAACUAGAGUUAUUCAUUGGGGAUUGAUUGUAGUAUUGGGAGGUAUAAGUGUGAUGAACACUUUAGUCACCAGUUGAAAUAUUCAUUUGGAAUAACCAUGAGAAACAUCUACUAAUUCCGGAGAUAUACCUGGAGAGAGAGUGGGUAACUGGAUAGAGAAAAGACUUAAAUACUAAACUCUUACUGUAUGUAGUUAUUAGAAAGUUGAAAGAGUAUAUAUAGGUACCUUAGCUACCUACCUCCUAACUUAUCGGCUCUAAAAGCUAUAAU